AUGUCCUAUUCUCUCAUCACAGGCCUUUUCAGUGGCAUGAACACGGCCACGGACUUGGCGAGUGGAGCCAUUGAUAUUGUGGUGGUCGAACAACCGGAUGGAUCACUCAAAUGUACUCCUUUUCAUGUACGCUUCGGAAGACUGAAAGUCUUAAGAUCUAAAGAGAAAGUAAUUCGUAUAAUGGUAAACGGAAAACUAACAGAGUUGUGCAUGAAGACUGGAGAGACAGGUGAGGCUUAUUUUGUACAUGAAGCUAGUGGACCCGUGGAUAGAGAUUUAGUAGCAAGCCCGAUUGAUCUUGGUCCAGUCAAAUCACAAGGCACAACAACCACCUCAUCACCUUCUUCACCAACAACAACAAAUAAUGGACCUUUUUCUUCAGCAACGAACACAACAACAGUUCCAACGUUUAUUCCGACAAGCAUGCCAAUUGAACAGGCCUAUUUUCGUCCAAUUACUUCACCUAUAGGCUCUCCUAACCUUGUUCCAAUUUCAUCAUCAUCUCCAAAUCAACCCCACUACCAACCAAAUUUUGACAUUGACGAAGAAGUCAUUUACGAAAAAUUUAUUCCUAUUGAUGAUUCUGAUUCCGAUGAAGAGGAAAGUGUAGUAGCAGGAGUUACUCAAGAUGCAAGUAGAGUUGUGGAUUUGGAAAGAGAAAAGAAACGAGAAGAUGGUAUUACAACAAGUCACAUGUUAAAUUCAACUCCACCGCCCUUGGUUAACACUUCUUUCCCACCAACGAUUAAUAUUGACGCAAAAACAAUGAGAGACAUGAAUGCUAUAACAUCUCCAUCUUCUCCAAGAGCCAGUGAAAUUUCCUCUACAGUUACAGCACCAAUAGAAAAUCCUUCAAAACCUCCUCCUUCAGAAACUCCAACAAAAAAGAGUGGUUGGGGAUGGGCGAGUGGAUUAAGUUCUUGGUUUGGAUUUAAAUCGAAUAAUGACACAGAUGAAUUUCAGGGAAUUAAAACGAAAGGAAAUAAUUCGUUUGUAGAACAGCAAUUUCUUGAGGUAAUGGCUAAGCAUUACAAUUAUGAUGCUCUUUCAGGACGAUAUAUUAAUAAUCCUGUUACAACUCCAUCUCCUUCAAUUACUAAAUCUCCACCAUUUGAACAAGUAUCUAACAAUAAUUUAUCAAUUCCAAGGAAUGAUUCCUGUAAAAAUUUAAUUAGUGAUACUUCGGAUGAUGAUUUAUCCUAUGAUGCACUUACUUCGGAGCAUAAUGAAAGCAAAGAUUCAAACGUUGCGCCCAACGAAAGUGAUGAUCAAAAAGCAAUAACUAUGGACAAAAACUUUGACGAUGACGCAACAACAACCGAUGAAGAAGAUGACUUGGAAAAAAACUAUCACUCAGACAAUGAAUCUUUGUCUUCCCUGAAACCAUCACUCCCACCACAUAUGAGAACCAACAAUCAUUUUGAACUCAUGCCACAAAAUAGUCCCAUUUCUAAAAGUGCUCCAGGAAAUUCAACUUCAUUUGAGGAACUUUUUAAACAACAUCAAUUGAGCAAGUUAAAAAGACAAAUUUCUCCUCCAUCAACCACGAGUAACAGUCGAUCAAGUUCUCCUGAAACAUUUUCUGUAAAUAAUACUAGCACUCAAACGCUCAGUACUGAAGCUCUUACAACAACUAACGGUGCAAUGGAACUCACAAAGCCAACGAUUGUUACCAUUACUCCUAUUUCACCACCACCUAACUUAUCAGAUCCAAACUUGCAAAAGAAGAAUGAAAAAACCUAUUGGCGAUGGUUUUGGACAAGGCCAGGAGCAACAGCAAGUACUGACGCUGUGAAUCCAAGUACCUCUCAAAUUAACAAUGAAGUGAACCGAGUGACUAGCCAGCCAAAAGUUUUUGAUCCAACAGGUGAAUUUAAAGUGCUAAAGAAGAGUUUAAGGCCUACAUCAGAGGAGUUAAAAGCUCUUGGACUGAAAUAUGGAAGGAAUGAAAUUAAAUUCUUGGUAACAAGCAGAAUUUUAGGUACUCAGGAAGUGAAUGCAUAUAUUUAUUUGUGGAAGCAUUCAGAUAAAAUUGUGGUUUCAGAUGUAGAUGGUACCAUUACAAAGAGUGAUGCAUUAGGUCAUAUUUUACCAAUGCUUGGUCAAGAUUGGUCUCACAGUGGAAUUGGAAAAUUGUACACAAAAAUUGUAGAAAACGGGUAUCGAAUGUUAUACUUAACAUCACGAUCCAUUAUUCAAUCUGGAAGUACCAAGAGAUAUAUUUUUACUCUUCAACAAGAAGAUGCAAUGUUACCAGAAGGUCCAGUUGUAAUGAGUCCAGAUCGAUUAUUUGCUGCUUUGCAUCGAGAGGUUAUUCUGAAAAAGCCAGAGGAAUUCAAAAAGGCAGCCCUCUCAGACGUUUUAGAGUUAUUUCCAAAAGACACAAAUCCAUUCUUUGCAGGAUUUGGCAACAGAAUUACAGAUAUUAUUUCCUAUUCAUUUGUUGGCAUACCUGAUCACAAAAUAUUUACAGUGGAUCCCACGGGUUUGAUACAAGUGUAUGGCAUUAGUCACGAAUCUUAUUGGAAUAUUUUUAAGCUUGUGGAUGAAAUGUUUCCUGACCUUAACCAAAAAGUUGAUACCUCUAACGACUUUAAUAGUUUUGCAUUUUGGAGAAUGCCCAUUCAAUCCUCUUCUGAUUUUAAGUAA